AUGGCAUGCGAUAAGGUCCCGCCGAAAGGUGAACACUCGCUGCAUCUUGCAGAGGACAUCAAGGAACUGAAGGAUGCGGAAGUGGCGGAGUACCUCAUCCCCGAAGGCGCCGAAGGUCAUGUGGACUUCAAGAGCAACCUUGGAGUGCAGGCGCUGCUGGUGGAUGAGGACGACAAUCUGGAAGAGUCUUACGCGGUCGAGCCAGGGACCGUUCGAAUGGACAUGGACGACGUCGUGGAUGAAGGGGUGUCAGAAGAGCCGAGCCAACAAAAUGCUGUUGGGCUUGAUGCCGGUGGCUUGGAGUCACCGAAACCGAAGACCCCCGUGACCAAGAAGGCAACGAACGCGGAAUCCAAGAAGGAAAAGCUAACUACGCCGAUGCUUCGGAAGAUGAUCAGAGAAGCCGAGGAGGUUGUGUCCAGCAGGAACAAGAUGGCAAGGACAUGCGAGAAAGGCAAGCCGAUCCGUAAGAUCUGGGAGCUCUUCGUUGGCGAAGGCCGCACCAGCAAGUUCCUCGACAAGAUGAACGGUGUGGAAUCGAGGGUCUUCUCGAUUCAGAAUGGUUGGAACUUCGAGGACAAGGGCUGCCAGAAGAAGUUCAUGGAGCUGGUGAAGCUGGAAGAGCCAGACAAGAUUUUGAUGGCACCGAUGUGUCGAUUGUGGUCGCCCAUGCAAGAGCUAUACGCCUGCCGUGGUGAAUGGGAGAACCAGCAGUUGGUCAAGAAUCGCACCGAGAACCAUGACAAUGUGCUGAUGUUUGUGAGAGAGGUCUACUUGGAGCAGUAUCAGAAUGCCCGAGAAGCAACGCUGGAACAUCCCUGGCUGAGCAGAGCAUGGAAGACGAAGGAUGAGAAGGACGUGAUCAAAGCCGAUGAUGAGCAGGCAAGAGAGGAUGAGUCGAUCAAGAAGAAUCGGCGGCUACGAGCAGAAAUGCUUAACGAGGUGCAGGCGACCGACACGGUGCUGAAAGCGGCGAAGAACUACCUCUGUCCAAGCUGUGUGGCUCGGACUAAGCCUGGUGGAGCGCCUCCCGCAUCUGGGCUGACGGCCAAAGAGUUCAACGAUCGCAUCGUGGUAGACUCAGCGUGGAUCAACACCGACACGGGCCGGAAAUGUGUGCUGACCAUCCUGGAUCAAGCAACGAGGUAUGUGGCGGUGCGCAUCUUGAAGGCCGAGCGUGUGGAGGAGCUCAUCAAGGGCAUCGAGCGGGCCUGGAUCAAGCAGUUCGGAGUUCCUCGCUCCUUGAGGACUGAUGAGGCGAAGGGCUGGGCUAGCCGGAUGCUUCGGGACUGGGCCAGCGACAAGAACAUCGCCUUGGAGAUUGCGCCGGCGGAGGCACACAAUUGGCUUGGAGAGAAAGCACCAGGUUAUUCGGAGGGCGCUGGAGCUCUUCAUGGAGGACGCUGA